AUGGUUCAGUCGGGAAGCCCGGCCCCGCCCGCCCCGGCCCGCGUAGGUGAGCAGCGGCGCUCCCGCAGCUGUGCGUCCCCGGGCGCCCGCGCACCCUCUCAGGAUUCCGCCCGGCCUGAGGGCGGGAGGCCGCAGCCGCGGCGGCGGGGGCGCCCACUAGAGGUUCGCGUGGGCCAAGGUCCGGACGGGCGCCGGAGCGCCUGGUGUCGUGUGGGCCCGGAUAUCCAGGUGCAUUUCCCAGGGGGCUGGGCGUCGAACCCUGAGCCGCUUCGCUGCGGGAAUGCUCAGGGCCUCCCGGGGGGUAGUGGGCGUUCCGCAGGCAGCCCAGACAGGGGAAGAAGCAGAGGAGAGAGGGUGAUCAGAAAUGGGAUGGGGGAUCCCGCAGGCAGAGGGGAAGCCCAAAGGAGGCGCCAGAACAAGGCUGGGCACUGCACGAGCACGGGUGGCCUCGCAUACCGGGAAGACCUCGAGGGGGAGAAGCACUCGGAGUUCACCUGGGAGGUGCAAGCCAACAACCGGUCCCACAACAGCCAGUUCAAGGAGAAGGCCUUCCUGUGCUGGCAGAGUAAGAAGUACCAGAGGAACGUCAUCCACACGGCCAAGUACAACGUCUUCUCCUUCCUGUCCUUGAACCUGUACGAGCAGUUCCACCGCAUGUCCAACCUCUACUUCCUUAUCAUCAUCAUCCUUCAGGCUGAGCUGAUCCCAGAGGGCCAGGAGGAAGGAUUACGUUCUUGGGACCCGCCGGGUCACUUCCUGGCAUCAGGCCAGUCAUGGGUGGAGAUGGACCAGCUGUCGUACCAGGCAGCUUCCCCAGACAAGGAGGCGCUGGUCAUGGCGGCCCAGAAUUUCGGCUACGUGUUCCUGGCACGCACACAGGACAGCGUCACUGUGAUGGAUCUGGGAGAGGAGUGGGUGUACCAGGUCCUGGCCAUGAUGGACUUCAACAGCGUGUGCAAGCGGAUGUCGGUGCUGGUCUGCAACCCCGAGGGCUCCAUCUACCUCUACACCAAAGGGGCUGACGCCGUCAUCUGUGAGCGCCUGCAGAAGAAAGGCCUGAUGGAGUGAACCACGGAAGAGGCCUUGGCCUCCUUCGCCAAGCAGACCCUGCGGACACUGUGCGUGGCCUGCAAGGAGGUGGACGAAGACAUGUACGAAGAGUGGCGCCAGCGGCACCAGGAAGCCGCCAGCAUCCUGCUCCAGAACUGUGCCCACGCCCUGCACCAGCUGCUGGGAGCCACAGCCAUCGAGGUCAGGCUCCAGGACGGUGUCCUCGACACCAUUAAGUGUUUCAAGCGGGAAGUGUGGGUUCUCACAGGGGACAAGCAAGAGACAGCGGUGAACAUCGGCUUUGCCUGCCAGCUGCUCUCGGAAAACACGAUCAUUCUGGAGGAGGAGGAGAUUAUGCAGAUCCUGGAGGUCUACUGGGAGAGCAACAAUAGCCUGCAGGGUGGCAAGAAGGGCCACCUGAACAAACAGCUCCCCCUGCAGGUCAAAAUGGCCUUGGUCAUUAACAGGGAGUUCCUGGACCAGCUGCUGCUGUCCCUGCGCACAGAGCCCUGGGCCCUGGUCCAGAACGUGAGCUUGGAAGAGGAGGAGCCCUGGCAGGAGCCCAGAGAGGAGAGGGCGGACUUCCUGCAGGCCAGACGCUUGUCCCUGGUGUGGCGGGUCGUGGGUGCUGCGGACAUCGGCGUGGGGCUGGCGGGUCAGGAGGGCAUGCAGGCGGUGCAGAACAGCGACUAUGAGCUGGCCCAGUUCUGCUUCCUGGGGCGGCUGCUGCUGGUGUAUGGCCGUUGGUCCUACAUGCGCGUCUGCAAGUUCCUGCGCUACUUUAUCUACAAGAUGCUGGCCAGCAUGAUGGUCCAGAUCUGGUUCGCUUUCUACAGCGGCUUCACUGCCCAGGAGGAGGAGGUCAUCACCGUGGAGCCCAUAGCCCGUGUCCCCCGGGAGGCACGGACCCAGCACUCCAGCUAUGCCUUCUCCCACCGGGAGGGCUAUGCGGACCUCAUCACACAGGGCACAAUUCUGUGGAGGUCACGCGACAUGCUGGUUGAUCACACGAAGCCACCUGAUGAACUGCCCUGGAGCAUGGAGGAGUCCUCCUGGUACCCCAGGAAGAUGUCGUUCCUGGGGAGGAACAGGCGCCAGCACCAGGGGAAGGUGUCCUCUGAGGAUGUUCAGCCUGCCUCUGAGGAGAAGUUGCCGAAGAGGCAGGAGAGGUCACUGUCAUAUGAGCCGUGGCCAUAUACUCCCCAGAGUCUGCCACCAACCAAGGAGACACCACUAUCAGCGGAGGGGAGCCAGAUGACUUCUGAGAGCCAGAUGCUACCUUCAAGCCAGCUGUCUUUGAAGAGCCAGUCAGCACACGUGCAGGCGAAGACAUCCCUCUGGAAGAUCUGGAAAGUGUCCUGGAAGAACUGGCCAUACACCUGGCAAAAGGAGCCGGGCCCCCCCAAGGAGGGGACGGUGCCAGUUUCCAACUCGAACCUCACCGCUCUGAUGGAAACUCCACCACCAACUGCGAGAGGAUCAUCCACCAGCGAGCAGCCAAUGGAGGUGGAGCCCUCACCUGUGGAGAAGCAGCUAUCGCCCAUGGAGUGGCUGCCAGGGCCCAGCGAGGGUCAAAUUUCACCUGGUCUGGCAGGGCUGCCGCCCUCACCUGAGGAACAGCAGUGA